GGAGAGAUUGCCUCACAUCGUCGCAGCGGUCGUCGCAUUUUGUAGUCGUCGCUCGCUCGCAUUAUUUUUCAUCAUUUCAGUCUCCUUGGGCUUGUGCUACCGUGAAAAUGUGCGACGCGUCGUGUACGCUUUGAAACCCGAUUUUUAUAAUAGUAUUUCAGCAACUGAGAAAGAAAACUUACGCAUAAAAGCAAAACAAUAUUUAAAAAUAGAACAUUUUACAAAGAAAUCAAAAUGAAAAGUGCAGUGUAAAGAGAAGCGAUCGGCAACUAAAAUAAAAUGUGGAAACGAUCGAUAGAGUUUAACUCUUAAAAAACAAGACAAUACCAAAAAUUAUAAAUAACAAUUGUCCGGAAAACGACGGGAACUUGGCAACAAGUGAAACAACAACAAGAACAAAAUUAAAAAAAAAAAGAAGUUUCCAGCAGCAGCCUUAAGACUGCGUUGGUCCAAACAGUCAACGGGCCUAAAAUAACAAUAGCAGCAACAGUGACAGCAACAGAAGCCGGCAACAUUUGUUGCAGCAACAUUUGAUGGUCGCACUUGCAACUCAAUGUUGUUGCUUUUACUAGCAUUCAUCAUGAGAUACGUAGACAUUUCCAAAGUGCAACGACGGCAACGCUGCACGGCCUGCGCCAAUGCUGGUGUUGAUUGCCCCCGCAACAGCAACUGCAACAUCGAUGGCAACGGCAACAACACGAUUUGUUGGCAACAUGUUGCUGCCACCAGCAACAGCAGCAGCACCAGCAGUGGUUGCGAUAGCAGUAGCUCCUCCAAAGAGAAUUAUUAUGCACCACAGCAGCAGCAACAUCAGCAACAACAUCACCACAGCAACAUUGGCUUGACACCAGAGCAACUGCAGCAGAUACGUUACUAUCAGCAUAUGCAGCAGCAACAGUUGCAAUUGCUGCAACAGCAGUUGUUGCAGCGACGCCGCCUGCAGCAGCAACUUCGCGAACAGGGCGUGGUUCCGCCCAUAACAACAACAACAACAUCGUCUGGAUUGACCUGCAAUCAACAGUAUUUAAUGCAACAGCGCUUGCAACAACAACAGCAACAAUAUGUUGCCAAUGUCAAUAACAACAAUGACAAUGAUUAUUUGAACAACAACAACCAACGCAACAAAAGCAACAUCAAUAAUAACAAUAACAACAACAGAGUUGUCCCAAAUCUGACUCAAGGAUUAAAACUUCGACGUGGCAUGACAGAAUUCUCAACAAAUAACGACAACAACAACAUCAACAACAUCAGUAGCAGCAACAGCAACAAUAACAACAGCAACCACAUUAGCAUAAGCCAUAUCGAAAAUCAAUUUACAUCACAAACUAAACCGCAACAAAGCUCACCCGUAACUCAUAGGCCAUAUAAGAAAAGUAACCCCACAUCGCAUCCCCAUCUGCUUUUAAGCUUAGCCCAACAGCAGCAACAUCAACAGCAACAGCAACAUCAACAGCAACAGCAGCAACUGUUGCCAGUCGGUGGUGGUAAGAAAUACAACGGCAACACGGCUGCAUACAACACGGUUUUGGCCAGCGUCAGCGGCCCCGGGUCGGCCCCUCAGUCCCCGCUUCAUUACAGAAAACCCCUCAAUAGUCCCAACAAUUCGUUGUUCGCAGUUGCCGCCGCACAUGCAACAACGGCAACAAACGCUGGAAAGCGUUAUCAGCAACAGCAGCUGAACGAUCGCCUGUUGCAGCAGCAACAUUUGCAAUUUUGCCAGCAGCAACAGCUGCAACAAGUGCAACAACAGCGGGAUGAGGAGGAUGCCAAUGUUGCCGCCUCCGAGGAACUGAGCGAAGAGAGUCUCAAACAGAAUGUGGCCAUUGUGCUGAGCAACUUGGAUCGCUAUAACAACGCCCUGCGUAGCAUCAUCCUGAAUGAGCAGGUGAGCAACAUCAGCAGCGUCAGCAACAUCAACAGCAUCAACAGCAUCAAUAGCAACAGCAAUAGUCUGUUCCUUGACGAGGAUAGCUUUUUACGUAACAACGACAACGUUGAGGCGGACAACAAUAACUUUGUGUGGGGCAACAUGGCGGCAACAAAUGUGGCUACGGUGGCAACACCCGAAUCCGAUUACAACAGCAAUGCAACAACGCCAGGCGGUCGCAGCAAUGAGCCUGUCCAGCAGCAGCAGCAACAUGGGGUAGGUGGUAUGCUUUGUGGUGGUGGUGUCAAUGGUGGUGGUGGUGGUCUCAAUGGUGGUGGCAACAAUCUCAACUGUUCGCUGGCCUCAUCGCAAGAUUUUACUCACGACAAUUCCGAUUAUCAGUGGUUCCUGGACUAUGGCUAUCGGGAUUGUUGCGGCGGCUUGCAACGCAGUGUCCUCAGCUCCAUUUAUUAUGACGAUUUGGCCAUGAAUUUGGAUGCCAACCUGGCUGAGGCGGAUAUGGAGAGUUUCCGGACUGAGGACAUACACUCGUUGUUGUCGCAGUUGCCAGCUUAUUGCAAGAGUCUCGGCGGUGUCAACAGUCGACUACAGCAUUCGCUGAUAUUUCAGCAACAACAGCAGCAACAGCAACAACAACAGCAGCAGCAACAGCAACAACUACAACACAGCAAUAUGAUUUACAACAUGCAACACAACAUGUCGCAGACGUCGACAACGUCAACCAAUGAACUCAUUGACAACUCCUUCUGCAAAUCAGAGUUGCUCUUCUCCCCAGUUAAGGAAUCGCACAUCUCCGUCGAUUCCCUGGACAUGGAUCCGUAUCCCGACGAGGGCGACAUUAUACUCACCUGCAACAAGGAUAACUAUACAAUUGCCUUUGAAGGCAGCGUUCUCUACUCCGACGACAGUUUCUACGCGGAACCAUGUGAGAUCGCGGCGAAGAACAAACAGAACUGCAUCAAUUUACACGGCAAUCUGGAGGAUAUUGUGAUGCGUAACAAGGCCCUGGAGGUAUCCAUGUCACGUUCAGCCCAAUCUUUUCAGCUGCUCUGCAAGUCGCCCAACAGGGCCCAAAACAAAGCUCAAUUGCAGCGACGCUCGUUUUUCCUUGUCCCGUCCGCUUGCAGGUAUCCGUCGGGCAACAACAACAACGACGGCACGGAAACGAUCACCAUAACACGCCACAUGCCGCAGUGCAGCGUGAGGAAGAGCAACAGUCUGCCGAAUUUGCAACGGGCAAUUGCAUUGAGUGAAACUCUGCAACAGCAGCAGCAGCAACUGGAGAUGGAGGUGGAGGGUAAUCGGAGUGAGCAGGCAGAGGAUCAGUCGGGACCAUUGAAUGUAUCGCAGGCCAUUAGCACAUCCACCAUGGAGUCGUGCACAUCGCGUUCCCGCAACUUGUUGCCCAUGUGUCAGAUGCCCAUCUCGAUCAGUGUUUCCAUAUCAGAGCGUUUGCAGGCGGAUCAACAGUCGGAGCAGCACAAGGAGGCGAUGAACACGCCGACGCCACAGCAGCAACACCAGCAGCAACAGCAACAACAUCAGCAACAUCAUCAUCAUCAUUCGCAUCGGCACAAACAUCGUUGUAGCUGUGCCUUGUCCUCGACUCAAGCAAGCCAGAACUUUUGCUCGGCGGCUUCGCAGGCGCACAUCUCUGGAUCCGCCUCGUCGGGCAACUCCAAUCCGGCCGCCUUCAAUCUAGUCAAGCUAUUCAUUAAGCAGAAGAGCAGCAGCAGCAGCAGCACUUGUGCCCAGGACGAGGCUCAGGCCUGUGCUCUAACCAGCAUGGAUGUCUCCUCGGGCUGUUGGCCCUCCAGUGAUGCGGCCGGCUCGAGUUGCAGCAGCAGCUCCUUGGAGAAGCGUUUGCGAAAGAAGAGCAUGAAUGAUUCGGGCAAGGGAUCUGCUGUGAGUCGCCAUGACGAGGAGGAGAACUACGAGGAGGCGGGUGCAGAGGCAUCAUCGACACCCAAGCGACAGCUGCGCACUCGAUGCAAUUCUGUAUUCUAUGAGGAUGGCGCCAGCUCCAGCUCGACGGGAUCUCUGACGGCCACCAAUUCGCCGGCCCAUCGACGUCGCAGUGUUCCUCUGCGCAAUCCUCAGCUCUAUCAGGUUGCCGCGAACACACAGACUCAGAUGUCGACGCAGUGCAGCGAACAUUCAUCGGAGGCAAGCAACUCGGAGCAACUAACGCAAGUCCCAAUGGGAGGCAAGUCACGUCGUCCGCUUUCGUGUGCCUCCAACUCUGAGAUGAUAACGCGAUCGAUGCAGACAUCUUGCGGUUCCCUGAGCACCACAAGAAGCAGCCUUAGCGAGAGGUACAAGUGUGUGCCACCCUCGUUUCUGGCCAAGCUGCACAAUCUGGGCGAGCAACGCGAAGCGCCCAUCUAUGUCAUCUAUCCGAACUAUGCGCUGCCCGAUCUGGGCUUUGUGAAGACCAACACCAGCACCGAGGUGAUCUUCUCGCCCUUCAACUACAAGAUGACGCUGGAUAAUGCCGGCAACAGUUCCAUGGGAUCCCUGAAGAAGCAGCGCGGCAGCCAGAGCAUCAACGAGAAUGAAAUGUUCAAGACAUUGGACUAUAAGCACAUCUCCGACUGGCAUUCCCUGGCGACGCUGCUGCCCGUGGAGUAUCGUCGGCGGUUGCAACACAUUCCUGAGGUGCGACAGAUUGCGGAUCAGCUGGAUGCGGAAUUGUCGCAACGUCCUCUGUUCUGUAUGACGCCGCCCAUUCGUCGAAAUCGCCCGAAUGUGUGUGAUUGUGCCAAGAACUUGCAGCAGACCCAGUUGGAUGAGGCGUCCAGCUCAGGAUCUAGUCAGCCGCCUAGCUCUGGCUAUCGUGGCUCAUCAACGCUGCUCACCGAUUCCGAAAUGGACGCUGAUCCUCUCAAGCAAAUGUAUGUCUAUCAGUAUGAGCAACAGCGCAUGGACUCGGCUGUCGACAGUCGUCCGCCUGUGGGCCAAACUCCUGCUCAUCCCAUGCCGCGCAGCAUUCUGCGUAAAGCAAACUCAACGCAGUUGCGUUCCAACCGCAACUCCAUGAUCGAGGCGAAGCAGACGCAGCAGCUGUCGAAGCUGGAGAAGCGGCGCAGCUUGCCGGAGCCGCCUCACAAUUAUGCGCUCGGCUCAACGGACGAGCUGGCCGAGGUCUUUGAGGAGGAGGAGCAUAUGCCGCAGGCACAGCCCGUGAAGCAACGACUCUCUCGCAAGGAUCUGGAUGCGCGGGCCAGAGCUGAGAACUUUCUCGCCUCGCUGCCACGUUCCGAGCUCAAGUAUUAUGCCGAGAUCGCCUCCAUUCUCGAGUCUUCCGGUGAGCAGGUGCAAUACGAUGCGGCGGCAUUGAAAAAGGAGGUCAGCCGUGUGCUCAGCCAGCAGAAGAAGGUGUCAUUUAACGAUGUUGCGGCUGCGGCUGCGACUGCGACUGCGGCUGCAACUGAAUCGGAGCUGCAACAGCAGUAUGCCAAGCGAUUCUCGACACCGCCCAACUCUCCAAACAUUUCCAUUGCGGCGCUGCAACGACGCGAAACUCUGGACGUCCAGGAGCAGCGAAAGAUUGAGAGUAAUCGCUUCAAGCGUCUGCAGAUCCAAUGGGAACUCAUGAGCAAGGAGUCCAGCAUGCUCAAGGAUCUGGCCAGCGAGCAGGCAACCAAAAGCGGAGGAUCAACGCCCACGUCCAACUCGGGCAGCUCCAACUCGGCGCAGAAGUCGCGUAUUCCACGGCCAGUUAGCUAUCCAGCAGGAAGAAGUCCUCGGCCAAGUGCCACGAAUCCCUCUCCCUCUGCGUCUUCGGCUCGUGCCACAUCCAAGACUGACAAAACUAAAUAUCCCAAUUCGCCCGCUAAUCUUUCCUCCUCCCCACAAAUCUGCAGAGUCAGCAGCGCACAUGAUGCAGCCAGCAGUGGCAAGUGCAGCACUCGUUCCCCCAGUCGCAUUGUGCAACCGAAACGUUACAGUCUUGCCGGCCCGCCCACAACAACAACAACUACGCCCACAUCCGGACGUGCACGCACUCCUAGUCGAGGUGGAGCCACAGCAACAGCACCGAAUACUCCCAAACGUCACAGUGUCACCCCAUCGUCCAGACCGACUUCACGAGUGCGCUAAGUCUGGAUUAUGGAAUUGGAGUUAUAGCAAUUGGCAAUAGUCAGAGAUUAAUCGAUUAAUCGAUUCAUCGAGAUCCCACAUCAAAAUCCAAAACUCAAAACAUAUUAACAAAGAACAAUGAGACAUUGUAUAAAACUAGUUUAAGGCUUUGCGCGGCUCUUCUGCUUAGUUGCUGGCCUUGGCCCAAAUAAAGUGAUACCAACAGCAAACGUAGACACAUCUGAUAGAGACCGAAAGAAAAUGAAAGAGAUAGAGAGAUAUAGACAUCAAGAAGAUGAGAAAAAUGAUAACGGCCAGUGGUCAGUCGCAAGUGCUAGUAUUUUUUGAUUGAUUUAAGUUGCAAAAUGCGAACUGCAAUAGCGGAAGGUAGCUAAAUUUCCUUUUUAUAAUUAUACAAACUGCAAUUAAACAAAUAUUUUGAUGUAUAUACAUACAAAAAAAAAAA